CUAUUAUUAUCAUCCUCACUACUUUCCAGCCCCUCACUUCCCCUCUCCUCUCUCACUCUCGCCCUCUCUCUCUCUCUAAACCAUACUACCUUAUUAGAGAGAGAAAGUGCAGAGUCUGAGAGUGAAACUUACUUAUUCCCAGUUUCUCUACACACUAUUUCGCCUGUAAUUUUCUCGUUAUCUAAGCUCUACAAUAAACAAUAUCCAGAAGAAAAAGAAAAAAAAUGGAUGUCUACGGAGUUUCAGCACCGGACUUGUUUCGUAUUGAUGAUCUUCUCGAUUUCUCUAAUGACGAAAUUUUCUCCAUUAAUAGCAAUUCCUCCUCUACCACCGCCACCCCCGACUCUCAACACCACCACCACCACCACCAUCAACCUCACUCCGACAACUCCUCCGCUGCCACCGCCAAUUACUACGAUGCUCUUCUUCCUAAUUGCUCCGAUGACUUCACCGACAACCUCUGCGUCCCCAGUGAUGAUGUUGCUGAGUUGGAAUGGCUAUCGAACUUCGUAGAAGACUCGUUCAGUAGUUUUCCGACUAACUCCGUCACCGGAACGAUGAAUCUCAGUUCCAAUACUACGUCCUCGUUUCACGGCAGGUCAAGAAGCAAACGUUCUCGUUCUACAUCAAGCUGGACAUCUUCACUCCAAAACCCUAACACUACUACUACUACUAUGAAGAAUAAGGAGAUUUCAGUACAUACCAGAGAAAGGUCAUCUUCAAUGGACGAUGAUGUGCCACGGAGAUGCAUGCACUGCGCUUCCGAGAAGACGCCGCAGUGGAGAACUGGACCUCUAGGCCCAAAAACGCUCUGCAAUGCUUGUGGAGUUAGGUUCAAAUCGGGCCGGCUUGUACCGGAGUAUCGGCCCGCGGCGAGCCCAACUUUUGUGUUAACACAGCAUUCGAAUUCUCACCGAAAAGUUAUGGAGCUCCGGAGACAGAAGGAAAUGAUCCAUCAACAGCCGCCGCCGCCGACGGAGGAGGGAAUGUACGGACAUCACUUUCGAGUCUGCUAACGUCAUCCGAAGAGAAGAAGACACGUGUCUCCACCACCUAGCUGACCGUGGACUCCCUUUUUUUUUUGGUUUUAUCAUCAUGCUAAUUUUACAAUCUGGAACGUUCCUUUUUUUUAUUUGUUUAGUUUUAUUCCUCGGGAUUUUCUUAAGAAAAUAGUUCAGAAUAAUCUUUUUUUGGAA